UCACGCGAUCUCACAAAAAGACACCCAACCUACACCCAAAACAGAUCAACGCCGUUCUAAUAAAAAACAAGAAAAAAAUCAAGUACAAAACACAUCGAUCAAUCGGCAGCAUGGCGCCCCGCCUCCUCCUAGGCCCCAGGGCAACCGGAACUGCCGCCGCCGACGGUGUCACAGCAACCUCCACCGCCGCCGCGAUGCCGCUCGCGGCCCCGUUCCCUGACCUCGGCGUGCCGCUCUCCGCUGACGACCUCCGCACCACCGCCUACGAGGUCCUCGUCGCCGCCUCCCGUGCCACCGGCGCCAAGCCCCUCACCUACAUCCCCCAGUCCACUUCCGCUUCCACCGCCUCGACCUCCUCCGCCACCUCCUCCGCGGCCACAUCCACUUCGACCACCUCCUCGUCUUCCCUGCAGCGCUCGCUCACGUCCACGGCGGCCAGCAAGGCGAAGAAGGCGCUCGGGCUCAGGUCCUUGGCGUCGUCCAGGGCCGCGCCGCCGCGGCGGCCAGCCUCCGCGGCGGACCUCGUGCGGGUCAAGCUGAGGGUGACGGAGCAGGCCGACGCCAGGAUCCGCCGCGGGCUGCUCCGCAUCGCCGCCAGCCAGCUAGGCAGACGUGCAGAAUCAAUGAUUUUGCCCUUGGAGUUCUUGCGGCAGUGUAAAGCAUCAGAUUUCCCUGAUCCACAAGAGUAUGUGGCCUGGCAGUUUAGAAAUUUGAAGCUUCUUGAGACUGGUUUGCUGGUUCACCCGCUUGUUCCCCUAAGCAAAUCAGACAUUUCUGCACACAGACUGCUGCAGAUAAUACAUAUAGCAUAUGAGAGGCCACUUGAAACUGGGAAGGAUUCUGAAUCGAUGCAGGAACUGAGCAGUGCUGUAAAGUCUCUUGCUAGCAGAUCCCUCGAUGGACGUUCUGAUGAGUGCCACUGGGCAGAUGGUUUUCCAUUGAAUUUCCAUAUCUAUCGGAUGUUAGUAGAAGCUUGCUUUGAGAGUGAGGAUGGUGCUGUGGUUGAUGAGAUUGAUGAAGUGAUGGGGUUGUUGAAGAAGACUUGGGUUAUUCUUGGGAUUAAUCAGAUGCUUCACAACCUCUGCUUUACCUGGGCAUUGUUCAACCAUUUUGCCAUGUUGGACCAAGUAGAUAUCGAGUUGCUUUCUGCAGCAGAGAAACAGUUAACUGAAGUUGUAAAUGAUGCAAAAACCACCGAAGAUCCAGAUUACUGUGACAUAUUGAGCUCCACUUUAAGUUCGAUAAUGGGUUGGACUGAGCAAAGACUACUAGCUUACCAUGAAACUUUCAGUACUAGCAAUAUUGAUUCCAUGCAUGGCAUUGCCUCGAUAGGAGUCUCAGCUGCAAAGAUUCUUGCGAAAGAUACAUCUAAGGAAUAUCGCCGCAGAAGGAAAGGAGAGACUGAUGUAGCACGCGGCAGGAUAGAAGCAUACAUACGGUCCUCAAUCCGUACUGCUUUUGCUCAAAGAAUGGAGGAGGCAGACUCAAAGCGAUCAUCAAGAAACCCCGUGCCAGUUCUUUCAAUCCUUGCAAAGGAUAUCGGUGACCUUGCUACCAAGGAGAAAAAUAUGUACAGUCCAAUAUUGAAGAAAUGGCACCCAUUCGCUUCAGGUGUUGCAGUUACAACCCUUCAUUCUUGCUUUGGCAAUGAGCUGAAGCAAUUUAUGGAUGGGCUUACAAAGUUGACACCAGACACUGCUCAAGUGCUUAACGCGGCUGACAAGUUAGAGAAGUAUCUUGUCAAAAUUGCUGUUGAAGAUUCUGUGGAUAGUGAUGAUGGAGGCAAGUCAUUGAUCAGACAAAUGCCACCAUAUGAAGCUGAAAAUGCAAUUACUAAUCUGGUCAAAGCAUGGGUGAAAGAUCGAGUUGACAGACUUAAGGGAUGGGUUCACCGAAGUUUACAACAGGAGACAUGGAAUCCAAAGGCUAACAGACAGAGCUUUGCUCCUUCUUCCGUGGAGAUGCUAAGGAUAAUUGAUGAAAUUUUAGAUGCGUUUUUUCAGUUGCCCAUACCAAUGCACUCUACUACCUUUCCUGAUCUAGCAGCUGGGAUUGGUAGAAUUAUACAGUAUUAUGUCUCCAAGGCAAAAUCUUGCUGUGGGACCCGGAGUACUACCAUUCCACAACUACCUCACUUAACAAGAUGCGACGUUGGAUCCAAAUUAUUCAAGAAAAAGGAAAAACCACAUGUUCUUAUGAAGCGUGGAUCACAAGUUGGAUCAUCCACUGGAAACAGUGCCUCAGAUCUUCCUGAACUCUGCGUACGAAUUAAUACACUCCACUACAUCCAAACUGAGUUGGAAAACCUGAAGAAGAAGGCGAAAACAUGUUUACGAAACUGUGAAUCAGCUCAGGAUGGUAUCACUGAUGGACUGAGCAUCAACUUUGAGCUAUCCCAGGCAAGUUGCCAAGACAGCAUCCGUCAGCUGUGUGACACAACUGCAUAUAAGUUGGUAUUCAAUUGUUUGAGUCAUGUACUUUUGGACACACUGUAUGUCGGUGGUACUUCAUCAAACAGGGUGGAGCCUUUGUUGAGAGAGCUUGACUCUAUCCUUAGGGUCAUAUCUGGAAUAGUGCAUAAUGGGGUGCGGAGUCGUCUCAUAACUUCUUUGAUGAAAGGUUCUUUUGAUGGAUUUCUGUUGGUACUUCUUGCUGGUGGACCUACACGUGCUUUCACUCUUCAGGACUCCCAGAUAAUAGAGAAUGAUUUCAGAGACCUCAGAGGACUGUACUUUGCAAAUGGUGAUGGCCUGCCAGAGGAAGUAAUUGACAAGGCUUCCUUGGAGGUGAAGAGCAUUCUGCCACUCCUGCAAACAGACACAGGAAUCCUUAUCCAGCGUUUCAAGCAAACAAUUUCCAGAUGUUACGAAUCUCCAGCAAAAUCAAGAUUCCCAAUGCCUGCCGUGCCCGCCCAGUGGAGCCCAGAUGACCCCAACACUAUCCUGCGAGUAUUGUGCUACCGGAAUGAUGAGGUGGCCUCAAAGUUCCUCAAGAAAACAUACGAUCUCCCAAAGAAGCUUUGAUUUGUGUAGUGCCUAUGCAUAAUUGAGCUCAUAUUAAAAUGCUUUCAAUUUCCAUGAUUAUGGUGCCUCCAUGUGAAGAAGAUUUAUGUCCUUGGAAUAUGGCAGGUGUCUUGGAUGCACAAAGGAGAUUUGACUCCGGGAAUUGGUCCACAGAUAAGAUGUUUUUGAGUUUGUGGCUUCUACAUAUUCAUUUGUUUGUUUCAUCAGGCAAGUUGUUUUUGCUGACCCCAGCGUUCGUGUGCAUUUCAGCAACUCAGCAUGUCAGCUUCGAUGUGGUUAUAUUGGAAGUUGGAACAUGACUCGUGUGAAUAGGCCCUAUAUGAAACACAAGUGCUCGGCAUGUAUACUCAAUAGCAUAGAGGAAAUUAUAUGAAACACAAGUGCUCGGCAUGUAUACUAGCAUAGAGGAAGUGAUUACAAGCUUAUGCACCUUACCUGAGUGAUAUUUUCUGUGUGAUGUUUGAGAUCUUUGCUACCUGUAAUUAUACACGUUACUUGCCAUGGAAGAUAGGCUUAUGAGAAGUUCAUAUAUCU